AUGAUUGAUCUCGUAGAAUAUGCCUCAUUAUCUAAUAGUAAUAAUGAAAGCCGCAUCAUCAGUGGGUUCACCACAGAAAUCAUCCACAGAGACUCUCCCAUUUCCCCUCUCUACGACCCUUCUCUGACGCAGGAGCAGCGCCUCGCCAAGAGGUUCGUAUCAGAGUGCGUCCGCAGAAGCUUCCCAAUCAUCGACCCCGGAUAUUCCAACACCUACAACGAGCCCAGCUGCGGCUCCCGCGAAUGCACCGAGUACGAGGAGUCCACUACCUGCGACGUGAUAUCCGACACGUGCGGAUUCAAGAUUGCAUACGAAGACGGCGACAACGACGACAACGGAAACGGCGUCGUGGGGAUUGGAGUGGGGCGAGCUUCGCUCCUCUCCCAGUUAGGAUACGACAAGGUGUCGUACUGCCUCAACCCAGACGAAUCCGCCUCGAGCACUCUGCAUUUCGGCUCCGACGCGGUGGUUUCAGGCUUGGGAACAGUGUCAACGGCGAUGACGAAGAAUGACGUCUUCUACUACCUGAUGCUGGAGGGGAUCACCGUGGGGAACUUUCCCACCAAAUUCUACUUUGAUUACGAGGCGGCGAUAAUGGCCUCCAUCAAUCAGUCUCCGGUUCGGAAUUUUGAUGGCUGGAGGCUGUGUUAUUCGCAACUGAUCUCGUUGCCCAGGAUCACCGUGCAUUUCAAAGGGGCGGAUGUGGAGUGGUAUGCAGACAACGUUUUUACAAAAGUGGAUCAGAAUCAUGAGUGUUUGGCGGCGGAUCCUAUGCUGGUUCGUUCUUUUUACGGUAAUGUUGCUCAGGUUAACUACUUGGUAUGUUUUGACGUCACAAACAACAUUGUGUCGUUUAAGCAUACUGAAUGUUGA